GAGCGGAAACGCCUCCGUUUUACAAAACAAAGCGGAGAAGCGGGAGGCGUGCGCGGUCCGCGGGGCACGGACCUCGGCGGUGGGUCCCUCCAGUCCGGGCGCUUCGGCAUCUUUGGGUGGCGAUGGAGAGAGGCCUUGAGAGCUGCCGGCGCUCGGAGUCCAACGGCCUCUGGGCGCCUCGGAUCACGGCGGUGGAGGAGCUGCAGAGCCGCGUGCAGGAGACCCUGGACCUGCUGUCCCCGCAGGAGCUGAGCAACUUCCGCAUCUUCCUCAAGUCGGUGGACGAGGAGCCGCGCGUGACCCCCUGGCGACUGGAGCUGGAGGGCAAGAGCACGAAAGGGCUGGCCCGUCUCCUGGUCCAGCACUACUGCGAGCCCGCCGCUGCGUCGCGCGUCCUCAUCAAGGUGCUGCAGCAGCUACGCCGCGCCGACCUGCUCCAGCGCUGGCAGGGCGCCGCCGCCGCCGAGGACCGGGGGAUUCCAAGAAAGAUUCUAAAGAGAAGCUAUGAUUGUGUGGAUGGCGAACUGGACUGUUAUGACCUGAGGGGCAAGCGGAAGGCUUUUGUCAUGUGCGUGGAGAAGAACAGACCAGGGGCUCAGCGGGACAUCCAUCUAAUGGAGGAGUGGCUUGGCCAGUGCCAGUUUGAGCAUACACAGUGCAUCGAUCCUAACAAAAUGGUGUUAAUUGAGAAAAUAAGAUCAUUCCGUGAUGGACUCAAUGAAAGUAAAGAUGAUGUUGGCUGUUGUCUUGUUACCCUUAUGUCCCACGGAGAGAAAGGGUUUAUUAAAAUGGAAGAUGGUGAAAAAGUCAGCCUGGAGGACAUUUUUGAAAUGUUUAAUAAUAAAAAUUGUCCAGCACUUCAGGAGAAACCAAAGAUCUUUAUCAUCCAGGCCUGCAGAGGAGAGAAAAGAGAUACCGGUGUUGAGACAGACGAUGAACCCAUGGAGUCUGAUGACGUAUCCCAGAGGAGGAGGCUGCCCACCUUCAGUGAUUAUUUCAUCAUCUAUCCCACCCAGGCAGAUCACGUUGCUUUACGACACCCUCGCACUGGCUCCGUGAUGAUUGAAGCGAUGUCUAAAGUCUUUAAACAGUACGGAAAUAAGUGGCACAUCGCUGACUUCUUCACCAAAGUGAAUAAUAGAGUGGUGCACACUGAAUUUCAUCUACAUGAAGAACCAAUUAAAGUAUCACUCGUCAUGGAAUCAACUUUAACUAAAUUUGUGUACUUCUGACAUCAGGAAGAUGAAAAACUAAGGACUGCUUUGUAACAGACUUUGUAAAGAGCUGAGAGCAUUUGUAGCAUAGUACUAUUAGUUACCAUUUUGCAUUAUUACUGUCAACAGCUGUAUUUCUCCAAAUCGUUUUGCAUAUAUAUAGUAUUUUUCUAAGAUUGAACCGUGCUUAUUUGACACUUAGAAAUAAUUUGACUUCUUUUAAAAGAUCACUGUUUUUUGAAAAUGAUU